UUAACUCUUCUCUCUUUCCCUUGUUAAGCAUACUAAAAACAUAACCAUAACAAAAAGCAACACUGAGAUGAAGUUCAUCUUCAUAUUACUCUCAACCCUUUUACUAGGAUGUCUCUUGGUUAUGAAUGUCCAAAGGAACACAUCAACAAUGGUUGUUUCAGACGGAGAAUGGAACAAAAACAAGUUUGAGAUGAAUGAAAUUACCGUCAUAUCUGCUCAAAAGGAACCUUUUGAGAGAACUAUUGGAGCUUCUCAUAUGAGAAAGUUAGGAUUUGGAACUCUCAUGCAUCAUGAAGAAAAAAGUGUGGAUUCUAAGAAUAUUGAAAAAGGAGAAACUUCAAAGAUUUCAGGUAAGGAGAAUGGUGGUUUGAACAAGUCUUUCAGAAGCUUAUUCCAAUUGCAAAAGAGUGAUGUUCAUGAGAAGCAUAUGAUACUGAGGCGAAAGGUAUCUUUGAGAGAUGAUGUGCCAAUUAAGGGUAGGUCAGAGAAAUCAUCAAGGCAUGAACAAGAUAUUGAUGCUGCAAAAGAGAUUGAAAGCCUCAUGUAUAAGGAUUAUAAUAAUAAGGGAAAGCCAUCACAUAGGCCACCUAUCAAUAAUCCUUAGUGUUAUAUGAUUUCAGGUUCACAUUCAAUUUUGUACUAAGUUGGUUGCAACUUAUAGUAAUCUAAUCUCCUAGAUA